AAGAGAUCUUAAAAAACAACUCGAGAGCACACUGACAAAAAGUACAACAUUGUUAAAAUACAAAGGGUUCCUUGAGAAAAGGAUUAGCCGUGCAGAACCGUCGAUCUCCUUUUGUAGAAAAGAUCUUGGCCAUCAAUUUCCCAAACGCCAACGUGUGAACAUAACUAAACAUACAUAUAAAAUGGAAAUAAAAAUAUACUUAUAUAAAAAAAAACGCAGCCUUCGAUCUGAAUCAUAUAGGGACCAGAGAGAAGCGAGAACAAAAAAAGAGUGAGAGCUUCAAAAUUUGUCAGUACUAAAAAAGAUGAGGUUUCAUUCAAGACCCGUUUCCAGUCCGGGUCGAACCGAAAACCCGCCUCUGCUUAUGCGGUUCUUGCGGACCAACGCCGGAAGCAGAAGCAGAGGCCGUUCCCGUUCAAGAAAACCUAUUUUUUUCCGGCGAAAAAACGCGGCGACGGAGACACAAGAACCGUCUUCACCUAAAGUCACUUGCAUGGGUCAAGUCAGGAUAAACCGGUCAAAGAAACCCAAACCCGGAACUAAUCGGGUCGCAGGAGGUGCAACGGAAAGCCACCGGCGUCGGCGACGGUGCGGGUGGGUCAAGAACGCAUUUUCUUGCCAUCCUUUCUCCGGGAAACUCAAACCGACUUGCUUUAGCCCUGUUUGGCGCAAAUGGAAAUCGUUUUCUCACGUUAGUUUCUCGAGAAAGUCAGAGAAGAGAUCAAGCUCGUCGAGGAGUGAGCCUAUCUUCGGCCGCUCCACGGUGGAGCCAGAGGAACCGGAGGAGAUUCGAAGAGAAGUACGAAAACAAAAAGAAGAAGAAGAAGAAGAAACAAAUUCGGAUAAAUUUUUCACAGCUACGCCACCGAGAAAUGCUCUGUUACUAACUCGGUGCAGAUCUGCACCGUAUAGAUCUCCUUCAUUGGCUAAUAACUUCUGGGAAGCAGAAGAAGAAGAAGAAGAAGAAGAAGAAGAAGAAGAAGAAGAAGAAGAAGAAGAAGAAGAAGAGACAAAGGAACCUCGUUUUCGACGACACGAUGAUGACGUCAUCUCCUCGCCGGAAAAUGUGUCGGUUUCGAGUGUUACUGAAACAGAGAGAUUGGAGGCUUCCAGUUCCGGUAGAGAAUCAGAGGCGAGUGAAGAAGAAAGACGGAGCGUUUUGAGAUCUCCACGACGACGGCGCUUGGUACUCACGCGCUGUAACUCGGAGCCUUCGAGAAUCGGAGAGAAACUCGUUCCCGAAAACCGAAGGUUGGGAUUUACGUAAUGGUUUUGCAUUUUUUUUAAUAUUAUAUACUCUCAUACUAUGUUCUUUUUUUCUUUUCUUUCUUGUAUUUUCUCGAGAAAAAUUAAUUGAUAUGAAUAUUAUUUGUUGGAUUUUUUUACUUUGGAGAGUUUCGCUGAAAAUGAGGGCUUUAAA